AUGGCCCGUAGAACAAGCCAUCGAAUGGGCCCAUCCGAUGUGGUCAUUCUCGUCAUGGGAAUGACAGGCAGCGGGAAAAGUCAAUUCGUCUCAAAAUUGACGGAAGAAAACGCUGGCGUUGGUCACAGUCUCACAUCAGGCACCAUUUCUCUUGACCUCUACAGCUGCGUCAAAAAUGGUCAGCGAAUCUUUAUGGCGGAUACUCCUGGCUUCAACGACACUCAAAUCUCAGACGUUGAGAUCUUAAAGGAUAUUGCCUUUUUCCUUGGCCAGCUCCAUCUCAGAAACGUUCGUUUAGGAGGCAUUCUCUAUCUUCAUUCCAUUACCGACAACCGAGUCAGCGGAUCGGCUUUGAGAACGUUCAACAUGCUUCGAGCUUUGUGUGGCCCGCAAGCAUUGAACUGCGCUGCUCUGGUAACCACAAAGUGGGGAGCUUUGCGCAGUCCAAAGGAUGACCUUGCUGCCUGUGACCGAGAGAAAGAACUAUUGUACACUUCAAACUUCUGGGGCUCUAUGCGCCAGCACGGCAGCCAAUCGUACAGAUGGCUCGGAAGUGAGGCAUCAGCCCGCUCUAUCGUCCGGGAAGUCAUUCAGACGUCUUGUCGAAGAACCUUCUCCCCAGUCCUUCAGAUCCAACGCGAACUGAUCGACGAGAAGCGACCCCUAGACAUCACCUCAGCCGGGCGUGAGAUGAUGACGCGUUACGAAGACAGAUGUCAGAAGGUCAAGCAGGAACUUGACGAGCUCAGGUCUGAGCUACUUAGUGCCUCUGGUCUUACACGGGAAGAGCUUAACGAGGGUGAAGCGGAGGUAAACCGUUUGAUGGACGAGCUCAGCAGAUCAGAGACUUCCCAACAGGGGCUUCGCGUCAGCCAGCGAGAUCUCUUUGAGCAAAAGACGGGCGAAUAUAAGCAGUUGUAUCAGGGAAUCUGGGAGGAGGUAGAACAACAGGAUCAAGUGGUCAGUGAGAUUGGUAGGCGCUUGUCAGCCUUCGAGCAGAGAUUGAGUCAUCUCGAACCCAAGAGGGACAGUGCCAAGGACCUCGCCACUGCAGAAAACCCCCCAAUCCCUCCCAGAGCCGGAACAUGGGCAAGGGUGAGGCGUUUCCUCAAGCGGAAUGUGCUCCCGCUGCUUGGAGUUCUGGCAGGCGUGGGAGUUGUUGCGGCUGGUGCUGCGGUGAUCAACCCGCCUCUGAUAAUGGCAGGUGCGCAACUCUUGGCACUGUCGUUUGCCGGAGUUCAAUGGCACACUGAUCAGGGCGUUGAUGGGCCAGAUCUGAUAGCUGGAGUCGAAGGGGUGAUUAGAGCAUGUCCACCGACUCCUAUAACUGCUGGUUUUCGCAUGCACACCUAG